UCUUACUUCCAUUAUCUUCAUCAUUGCAGGAGCAUCAGCAGGGAAAAUGAGCCAGGAAACUUACAGGAUAUUGGUUGAUCAGCUAAAAGAACUCAGCCUGCCAAAAACAAUUUGCAGAAGGCCAAAGAUUUAUCCAAAUAUGUUAUAUUCCCCUAAAGCUAUGAAGAUUCCAUCACAGAACUGUUUAAUGUACCAAGAAUCCUUAAAAAGUUUAAGAAGCAUUGGAAACAUCAAACAAGAUUCAGAACAUUCUGCAGAUCUAACUACCUCAGCCUCUUUGAUAAGCAGUUCUCCCUACCAUUUUUACAAUGUAAUACAUACGGAACCUGAAGUGGUUCAGGAAACAGUUUCCAAGAAUGUCAAGAAUUCAUCAAAACCAACAGAUGCCACUGAUGAACCCAGAAGUGGGAAAGUUAAACUUAUUGCCUCAGGGCAUGCCAAGUGUCCAGACUCCAGCACAAAUCAUGAAACCUCAGAUGAUACUCCCAGUAGCUUAAGUGACUUCAUGUCAGAUGAUACAGAUUUGUCAGAUUAUGAACGAGGAGAAUCUUAUUCACCCCAGGAGCCUUUUCAUUUCAGUUUUGGCUUAGAUGAAAGGAAUAUUGCAGACAUGAAGUCACCUGUACCUGAAAGCGCAGUGUUUCCUUAUCCAGAAUUUCUCCCUCCUUCCUUGAGUUUAAAGUUUUUGUCAACAGAACCAAAACAAAAAGAACUUUUUGAGUAUUCAGGCACACAUUUUGGAUCUAUUAUAAAUCGUUUAUUGGAAAUGGAGAAGCUGCAACAACUUACCAUACAAAAAGAGAAAUCUAAGGAGCUCCGCUCCCAGAUAGCAACUCCUAGAAGUAAAAAGGGAAGUUAUACAAAAAAUGGAACCAAACUCAAGAGACAAAGACAAAGGCAACCAGAUUGUACUGAAAUAUGUCUUCCUCUAUAUGACUAUGAACCUACAGGUUCCAAAGCUCCUAUGGUUUCAAAUAACAAUGGCCAUUGUUCUAACACACUUAGUGCAAGGAAUCAUUCAGCUAGGCGACCAAGGACUGCAUGCGAAUCUCGCAAAAUAAGCAACAGGAAACCAAGUUUUAACUCAAAAAGAUCAAAUUUUACCAAGCAUUCAUUGUCUGCAACUUUCUGCAGUUCUCAAACACUUUACUCGCCAAGGUCAGUUACGCUGCCAUCAAAAUCUGAAAUUCAACCUUCCAGUUCUGUACAUGCCAAAUGCCUUAAUGCCAGCAACAUGAGACGGAGAAGCAUACCCUUGUCUUACAUUGGACCGGUUUAUACAGUUGAGAUAAUUUAA